AUUUCAUAAAAAAUAUUUAUCAGUUUCACACUUAUAAAAAAUCCUAGUUAUUAUUUAUAUCGAUUUUUUUAUUGGUCAGUUUUAUAUAAGUUUGUAGCUAAGGAAGACAAUUUAAAGUUACCAUGAGUUCAGCAAAAAGAACAGCAACCCAAGUCGCUGAAGUCCCUACUACCCUGGGACCACAAGUAAAGGGUGAACAUGUUUUUGGCGUAGCUCAUGUUUUUGCAUCAUUCAACGACACUUUUAUACAUAUAACUGAUUUGUCUGGAAGGGAAACCCUCGUCAGAGUAACAGGAGGUAUGAAAGUAAAGGCUGAUCGUGAUGAGUCUAGCCCUUAUGCUGCAAUGAUGGCCGCUCAAGAUGCAGCCGCCAGAGCUAAGGAGCUUGGAAUCACAGCAGUUCAUGUUAAACUACGCGCAACUGGUGGAACUAGAUCAAAGACUCCAGGACCAGGAGCACAAUCAGCUUUGAGAUCACUCGCACGCUCUGGAUUAAAGAUUGGAAGAAUUGAGGACGUCACCCCAAUUCCAACGGAUUCUACCAGAAGAAAGUGCGGAAGAAGAGGAAGAAGAUUGUAGUUUUCUAUAAAUCGCCUAAUUUUUCAAACACU